AUGAGUUUGAAAAAGGUGUUUGAAUUGGGAGACACCGGGAAAGUGCUGCUCAUUAAACAGGACAAUAAAUUCAGUGCAAUCGGACACAAGUGCAGCCAUUACGGGGCACCCCUUGUCAACGGUGUGUUGUAUGGCUCGCAGAUAUCGUGUCCGUGGCAUUCGGCCACCUUCUGCAUCAACACCGGCGACAUCGAAGACUUUCCCGGCUGUGACAGCCUUCCCGUUCAUGAGGUGUCAGUGAAAGGCGAUGAAGUGGUGGUGAGGGCCAAGAGGAGUGAUUUGGCGAACAGCUUUCGGGUGAAGGCGUUAAGCGCUAAGAAUCCCAAUAAUGUGCUCACGUUUGUGAUCGUCGGCGGAGGACCGGCGGGUUUUCAAUGCGCCGAAACCCUAAGACACGAGGGAUUCACGGGUCGGGUAGUGCUCGUCACCAGUGAGGACACCUAUCCGUACGACAGAACCAAAUUGAGUAAAGCUUUGAGCACUAAAGUGGAAGAACUUCUUCUGCGGUCUAAAGACUACUUAAACGACGCCAACAUUGAGGUGAUUCUCAACGCAACCGUCGAUAAGAUUAACACAAAAGAGAAAUCAAUUCAACUGAACAACGGAUCGACGCUGAAGUUCGACCGCAUCUUCUUGGGAACCGGUGUCAGACCUAAAGUAUACGAAGCGAAAGGCAAUGACUUGAAGAAUAUCUGUUAUCUGCGGACACACAGAGACGCGAACUUUAUCGCAGACAAUGCCGUCAAUAAAGAUGUCGUGAUAAUCGGCACUUCAUUUAUCGGUAUGGAAGUGACGGCAUUCCUCAACGGAAAGGCAAAGUCUCUGACAGUGAUCGGCAAAAGUAAAUAUCCAUUCGCUUACACAUUGGGCCCACAAAUUGGUCAACAGAUCAAAGAACUCUACGAAUCGAAAGGAAUAAAGUUUUACACCGAGUGUGGAGUCAAAGAGUUUUGCGGCGAUGAUAAUCAGCAACUCAAACAAGUGGUUCUCACAAAUGGCGAUGUCUUGAGCGCAGACAUUUGUGUCAUUGGAAUUGGCGGCGAACCGAACACCGAGUUCCUGAAGGGGACGGACAUCAAAAUGGAUAAGUCCUACGUUUUGGUCGACAAGAACUUCGAGACAUCCGAGAAGAAUGUGUUCGCCGGCGGAGAUGUGGUUAAGUACGAGCUCUCUAUUGUCAACCAAAGUGUGGUAAACGUGGGCCACUGGCAGACGGCUCAGUCGCACGGCAGGAGUGCGGCGCUAAGUAUGUUAGGAAAGACAUCCGACUUAAAGUCGGUCCCAUUUUUCUGGUCAAUGCUCUUCGGGAAAGGACUUCGUUUCGCAGGUAAUAACGAGGGCUUCAAGGAAGUGAUAAUCGACGGCGAAGUCUCGCAAUUCAAAUUCGUGGCCUAUUAUGUGGAUUCGGCCGACAAAGUGGUAGCCGUGGCCACGAUGGCCAACGACCCCAUCGCCACGAUGUUCGCCGCUUACCUCAGACACGGACACACUCUCACCGCUAAUGAUAUCAAGUCUGAUCCCAAGAAGUGGAUCGAGUCCAUGAAGAAAUAA